AUGUUCAAUGUGGGAGCCUCGGUGUGCAACACGCCUGGGGCCGCUGCCUCCUUCCCUCCUGACAACCAGGAACCGCUGGGGCAGAGGGCGUCUGGGAGUUGGACCCCAACUUCGGAAGACCUGUCCCAGGCCGGCGGACUCCUGAUGAGCAGCGUCACUUCCUUCAUCCUGCCGACAAUCCCUAUGAUUGCUGAGCACCUCCUUAGUGCCUGGCGGUUUCCUGGGCCUUUUCUGGCAGGGAAAGAAUCACCCGCAGUUUUGCCCGCGCCUCCCGCCCCGCCCCACCUUGGACCUUACAAUCUGUUGGAGGAGCACAGGCCCAUCCUCAGCUCAGAGCGCGGUAGCACUGUCCUCCCGCCGCUGAGGUUUAAGGCCUGGCUAAACUCCGCCCCCCACCGCUCCGGCCAAUCAGGAGCCACGUCCUCCGGCGCGCUCCUUUCCCGCCCCGCCUCCCGUCUCCAUGGGAACGAUCUGAGUGUCUACUCCGCGUCCUGGGGCGUCGGUUUCGGUCCAGCCCGUUGUUUGCUGGGACAGUCCUUGGGCCGGUCUCCGUCCCUGUCCAGAGGCUCCGUACGUGAGGCGGACUCGGGAGCACCGAGCAGGGCGCGGACAGCUGUGCCAGGAACCGGGGCAGAAAAGGAGGACCAGGGGCCGAGAAGCCGCUCUGGCUACGAAAUUUCGGACACUUUUGUAAGUGGGUCCUUCACAGCCGCCCGCCCCACGUUAAAACUGAAGAAGAGGAGCAAGGAGGCGGAAGCAGCUUGGGCCCCGGGCCCCGGGUGCUUGGGGCCGGAGGUCUGGAUGCGCAACAGAGGCCGCGCGAGUCUUCGCGUCUUCGCUGCUGGAGCAGAGGCCGUGCGGAUCCUGCUCCCGGAGAACUGUUUGGUCCGCGAUCAGCAAGGGAGGACCAGAGAGGCUCAUGCCUCCGUUUUACAGCUCAGCCUUCUCGACCCUCCACCCUUCCCCAAAAAAGGAGCAAGCAGGGGUCACGCCUUUCCUCACAGUCUGACUCGGCCCGAGGUAACCAGAUCCAGAGGAGAAAUAGAACCUACCAUGUCGGGUUGUUAAGAAGAUUCGCGAAGUUCAUUCAUUUGAAAAACUCAUCACAGAGCUGGACAAACAGGCCUAACCAUUGGCUGCGAUUGUUAUCAUCACAGGAGCAAGAACCUUGGCCACCGUCUCGCUUUCCUGAAUACUUACUGGUCUCCAAUUUUAUGUGACUUUUAAGAUCUGUGUUGGCAUUUUUUAUAUUGGCAUUUGUACUUCACUAGGAAUUUGUCCUUUUAUGUAGAUGUUCACAUGUAUUUGCAUAUAGUUCAUAAUACCCUUGUAUUAUUUUAAAAUCUUAUGUUUGCAGUUAUUUCAUCAUUUUGCCCUGUAUUUUGUUUAUAAUCAUCUUUUCUAAA